AUGGGAGGCGCCCACUCUCAGAGCCCGAGGGGCCGGGAGCCGACCGCGGAGAGGUCCCCGAGACCCCGAGAGACCGCCUCGGAUUCUGAAGGUAAUUUUGAGACCCCUGAAACUGAAACGCCUAUCCGAUCCCCUCUCAAGGCAUCCUGUGAGUCAGACCUCGGACUGGCAGGCUCGGGGGCCAAGACCCAAGACUCACAAGAAGUGGACGAAGAGCUGGUAGCAGAAGUGGUUGAAAACUGUUCAUCUGCGGCUGCUUCUAGACCCGCAGGACAGGAGGCAGCGCCGCCCACUAACGGGUCUCGCGCAGUCAAGGAUUUCAGGGAAGAACCCGAACAUGAUGCGAGCAAGAUCUCCGUCGUGAGGCCGUUUUCCAUAGAAUCCAGGAACUGCGGGGACCUCCCCGGGGCGCCCGGCACGGCCGCGCGCUUGCAAGAAGGCGAGACCAUGACUGCGGGCACCGCCCGGGAAGCCGACUCCGGGGCCGGCAGCCCGCGUCCAGAGCCCGGGGCCGGCCGGAGCCGCCUGCGGAAGCCCCGGCCCGUGCCCCUGCGGAAGAAGGCUCUGGGUGGCGAGCUCUCGGAAGCGGCCUCUGCCCCGGAGGGUGUGCGUCCCGACGGGGAGGAUGGGAAGGCCGGGAGCCAGAAGUGUGCCCCUGAGAUGAUGGAAACGCCAGGCGGAGAUGCCCACGACUCGGGGGCCGAGCAGCCGGAGGAGGCAAGGAGCCGCCCGCUGAAAUGCGAGUUUGAUUUCGCCGAAGAUGCGGAGACCACGGAGUCCAGGAGAGCCCUCCCGAAGAAGCCCGGCCGGAAACUGGGCAGCAGAGUCAUGCCACAGGUUCACGGCCCCGGGGCGCCAUCGGAGCUGGGCCCCGGGGCGAGCCCCACCCUGCGGCCCCGCGGGGGCCCCCUGGCGCGGCAGCACUCGCCCCCGCUCUCCGCUCAGGGCUCCUACCGCUUUGACCCGGACCACUUUGACGAGUCCGAGGAUCCCUUUAAACCCAGUAUGACUUUCACCAGCGGUGACUUUGGUUCUCCCGCCGGUAAUCAUGUUAAUGAAAUCUUAGAAUCACCCAAGAAGGCCAAGUCGCGUUUAAUAACGAGUGGCUGUAAGGUGAAGAAAUAUGAAGCCCAGUCUCUUGGUUUGGAUGGGUGUUCUCAGGAUGAAGGAGCAGUGAUCUCCCAGAUCUCAGACAUUUCUAACAGGGACGGUCAUGCUACCGAUGAGGAGAAGCUGGCGUCCACGUCAUCGGGUCAGAAACCCACUGGGGCCGAGGGGAAAGGUGAGCCAGAGGACGACCUGGAGUACUUUGAAUGUUCCAAUGUUCCUGUGUCUGCCAUAAAUCAUGCGUUUUCAUCCUCAGAAGCAGGCACCGAGAAGGAUCUGUGUCAGAAGAUGGAGAAGGAUGGAUCCACUGUGCCCACACUGCUGGAGUCCCCAGUGGAGAAGAGCCCCGUGUCCGUGGGCUGCGGAGUGGAGAGCCCCCUGGAUGGCAUCUGCCUCAGCGAAUCAGAUAAGACCGCCGUGCUCACCCUGAUAAGGGAAGAGAUAAUCACUAAAGAGAUCGAAGCGAAUGAAUGGAAGAAAAAAUACGAAGAAACCAGACAAGAAGUCUUGGAGAUGAGGAAAAUUGUGGCUGAGUAUGAGAAGACCAUUGCCCAAAUGAUUGAAGAUGAACAGAGGACAAGCAUGAGCUCUCAGAAGAGCUUCCAGCAGCUGACCAUGGAGAAGGAGCAGGCCCUGGCCGACCUCAACUCAGUGGAAAGGUCCCUGUCCGACCUGUUCAGGAGAUACGAGAACCUGAAGGGCGUCCUGGAAGGGUUCAAGAAGAAUGAAGAAGCCUUGAAAAAAUGUGCUCAGGAUUACUUAGCCAGAGUUAAACAAGAAGAGCAACGCUAUCAGGCCCUGAAGAUCCACGCCGAGGAAAAACUAGACAAAGCCAAUGAGGAGAUUGCUCAGGUUCGAACAAAAGCCAAGGCUGAGAGUGCGGCUCUCCAUGCGGGGCUCCGGAAGGAACAGAUGAAGGUGGAGUCUUUGGAGAGGGCCCUUCAGCAGAAGAACCAAGAAAUAGAAGAACUGACGAAAAUCUGCGACGAGCUGAUUGCCAAGCUGGGAAAGACGGACUGA